AUGGUGAAACAAGAGAAGGAGUUAGCCAACCGGCCUGACAACACUGCCUACACACAGCAGAGGCUUCCAGCAUGGCAGCCAAUGCUCUCUGCUGGUAUUAUCAUCCCCGGCUUCGUCAUCAUCGGGCUGGCAUUCAUAGGCAUUGGUGUUGCCCUCUUUGUCACCUCUCAGAGCAUCCAAGUGUUAGAGGUAUGUUGCCACAGAGCAUACAAUUAAGUUGGGUCUUUUUGGGGUUGAUUUUGACAUAACAGGGGAAGCAUAAUGUUUGAAACACAGGGAGGAAGUCUAUAGUCAAAGCAAACAUUAAAAAAAACUAUGUAGCCUAUUUUGAAAUAAAAACAUGAAUUCCUCCUACAUGUCAUUGACUAGACUCCUUUGUAAGUGAUACUUUACUCUUGAUUCAAAUAAGAUGUGGUGUCAGUAAUCCUCACUUGAGUCGCUGAAGCCAUCAAUAAUGAAUAAUAACCUUUGCUUUUUUCCUACACAGCUUGACUACACAGGUGUUGAACAAACUUCCCCUUGUUUCAAGUGCACAGAUCAGACCAUCAAGAACUGUGUCUGCAAGCUGGACUUCAACAUUGACAAACUAUUUGAGGUUGCAUUGAAUUUUCCUCUUCAUGAACGCAUUCACACACAGAGAAAGAACGUUUUCCUCAAAAUUAAACUCCGACCUUUGGUUUUAUGUGUGUAUUUCUUUCCCACAGGGGCCUGUGUUCUUUUAUUAUGGCUUGUCCAACUACUUCCAGAACCAGAGGAAAUACGGUGUGUCCAAAGAUGAUACCCAGCUGUCAGGAGACCUCGAUAAUUUCAAGGUAAGUUAAAACACAAGAUCUUGUAAAAUUGAAACACAGUAUCACCUUUUGAAAGAAACUACAUUUCAAUAACUGAUGAAAAUGCUUUAAAAAUAUGCCAAAUUGAAUUACCCUUCAGGGAUCAAUAAAGUUAUUCUUAUUCUUAUUAUUACAAAGAUUUAAGAUAAUUUAUUCAGACGAAAAAAAAAGUUAAAUUUCUUUCUUGCAGACUCCCAGCGAUACCUGUUUGCCCUACCGAUAUGACAGCCAAGGCAAACCAAUUGUGCCUUGUGGAGCAAUAGCAAACAGCAUGUUCAAUGGUAUGCAAAGACAUGUAAAAAGAGAAAGACAAUUUUGGAUUUUCUGUGUGUUUUAUUUGUGUGUGUUUUCUUUUUAUAGACACCUUCAAGCUCUUUCAGAUCGUCAAAGGUGUAAGGAAGCAGGUGCCAUUUGACGGAAAGGGGAUUGCUUGGUGGACAGAUUAUAACAUCAAAUACAGGAACCCCUCUGUACCAGUCCUGAAGAAUGCAUUCAAUGGUAGUAUCUUUGUCUAAAUUUGUCUGUUAUGUUAAUUCUGGUCAACGAGGGUUUCAGAGUUUGUAAUAAAUACAAGAUUAUCAUGUAAUGUUUAAGGUUUGAAAACUCAACCUCAAAGUUUGGCUUUCAGGUACUGUGAAGCCUAUAUCCUGGCCGCGGCCUGCGUAUGAGUUGGACACCUCAGAUCCUGCUAACAAUGGCUUCAUCAAUCAAGAUUUCCUGGUUUGGAUGAGAAGAGCAGCCCUGCCGGAUUUCAGAAAGCUGUAUCGACGCAUCACAGACGGCGAUUAUGCAAAGGGUCUGCCAGCUGGAAACUACUCCCUUGAAAUUGCCUACAGUAUCCUUUCACAUGAUUCAGAGUCUUAGAUUAUGUAAAGGCUGGUGAUUGGGGGGUAUGAGAAGUUUAGGGAGAGCCAUGUGUUUCCUGCAAAUAAGGUUCAACAGACAAAACUCACAGUCAAAACCAAUAUGCAUGCAUAUUAAUAUUAUUAUAUACUUAUCUAUUGUUAUAAAUACAAAAUUCUGUACUCUGAGAGCUUUAUUUGUACAUACAGGCCAGCAGAAAAGAGGCUUUGGGUUUGGCAGGGUAAUGUUUAGAGUCAGCAGAUUUGCCAAAAGUAUGUUUAACAGAAUAUAAAUCUACAUUUUAAAGGGGAAUUUUACACAAGCAAGAAAUGUUAAACCAGUGAAAUGCAUCGCUUUGUUUGUGUUUUUACUAGUUUAUGACGCACUUGUGCCAUCCAGUGUGUAGGAGAGGCAAGGUACAUCACAAUAGAUACACUAUGUCAUUAUAAUGUGCCUAUUUUUAGUGAGGUGUGCUUUAACCAUAAAUACGCAUAUGCUGGCAGCAGUUAUUCAUGAUUUAAUUCUAAUACAAAGCUAAAGAUCUGCUUGAAGGGGUCAGCCGUUUAUCUUCCUCAUAUUUUGUGUCACGCUACAACAGCAGCUCAGUGUAACUUGUUUAACCGGCUGGGUGUGGUUCUGUUGUGACAAGGGCAGAGUGACUCAGGAAUUCUCUUAGCCGGAUAAUAAAGCAGGCAAAUGUUCCUGUACAAGUAAAUAAGCUAGGCAAAUGAUUAGAUACAUUAAAAUACAUUUAAAUUCACAUGAUUGUUUAUGAUUUCUGCAGCUUCAGGUGGACGGUCAGUGCAUUUUAUUGCAUUCCAAUAAAAAUCAAAUCAGAUGAUAUUUAAAUGUAGAUGUUUAGCUCAGUUGUUGAAGGUAAUACAGUGAAAAUUAAGUUUGUUGGGGUCAGUCAGUUUUAAAGACUGAUCUGAAAGUCUGCACUGCUAGUUUAUAUAAAAUUCUGAAUUAUACGGAUAAAACUGAUCAGGUUAUUUGAAUGUCCUAUCAGAUUUUAUUUAGUUCCUAGCUUGAAAGUAGUCAAUAUAAUGGUUGUUUAAGGCGAUAUAUCAUUAAAUAUGAUUCUUUCCUUUUUCUAUGUAUCCUUGACAUCUUGCUCCUCAGACUAUCCUGUCCUGGACUUUGAUGGGAGGAAGAAGGUGUUGCUCAGCAAUGUUUCUUGGAUGGGGGGAAAGAAUGAGUUUCUUGGCAUCGCAUACCUCGUGAUUGGUUCAUUGUGUAUCGUCAUGUCCAUUGUCAUGCUCAUCGUCUACGCUAAAUUCAAGUUUCCUGAGGAGGACUGA